AUUUCGAUGCUAUCAAUUUCCCCUUCUAAUAUCAAUAAGAAACUGACAAAUUCAGUUUUUAAAAUUAAAUUAUAUAAAUGCUGCUUAGUAUAAAAAUUAGUUCAUAUUAAAAAAUACUACUAGUACUAGUAUAAGUAGUAUAACAAGCAAAAAAUACAUUUCCACUUUUAACCUAAGAGUUAGAAAGAAAAAUGUCUGGUGCUUCUGUUCCCGAACCUCUUUUACAGUUGUUUAAGCAUAUAGAUGAAAACAAACAAAAAUAUGUAGAGAAUUUAAAAGAAGCAGUUGCUAUUCAGUCUGUAUCGGCAUGGGCUCACAAAAGAGACGAAGUCGUAAAAAUGGUAAACUGGGUUUCUACUCGUCUACAGAAAUUGGGAGCUCAAACAGAGUUACGUGAUGUUGGCUUGGAGGAACUGCCAGACGGUAGUACCAUACCUUUACCUCCUGUGUUACUAGGAAGCCUAGGCAGUGAUCCUAAUAAGAAGACUGUACUCAUUUAUGGUCAUUUAGAUGUUCAACCCGCUUAUUUAGAAGAUGGUUGGGCGUCGGAACCCUUUGUUCUAACCGAGAGCGAUGGAAAAUUAUUUGGAAGGGGUGCGUCUGAUGAUAAAGGGCCCGUCUUGUGCUGGAUUCAUGCCAUCGAAGGAUUUCAGGCACUCGGGAUGGAAGUACCCGUAAAUAUUAAGUUUGUAUUUGAAGGUAUGGAGGAAUGUGGCAGUGAAGGACUAGAUGAUCUCCUUUUUGCCGAGAAAGAUAAGUUUCUUGCAGGUACUGAUUUUAUUUGCAUAUCCGAUAAUUAUUGGCUGGGAAUAAAUCGACCUUGCCUGACGUACGGCUUAAGAGGCGUUUGUUAUUUUUUUGUCGAAGUGGAAUGCGCUGCUAAGGAUUUGCACAGUGGUGUUUUUGGGGGUACAGUUCACGAAGCUAUGACAGACCUGGUGUACCUUUUAACUACGUUAGUAGAUAAAGACGGGAAAAUUCUUAUACCGGAACUGUACAAGGACGUGGCCCCCAUUGUGGAGGGAGAGAAUGAGAUUUAUAAAAAAAUAGAUUUCGACGUGGCGGAAUAUCGUGCUAGUGUAGGCUGCGAACGUUUGCUUCACAACGAGGUAAAGGAAACAAUUCUGAUGCACCGUUGGAGAUACCCGUCUCUGUCGAUUCAUGGUAUCGAAGGAGCGUUCAGCGAACCCGGCCAAAAGACUGUGAUUCCUAGGAAAGUCAUCGGGAAGUUUUCCAUCAGGAUUGUACCGAAUCAAGAACCAAAGCAGAUCGAAAAAUAUGUCGUUGAUCAUUUAGAGAAACUGUGGAAGGAGAGGGGAAGCCCGAAUAAAAUGAAGGCAUAUAUGGCCGACGGAGGCUACCCUUGGACAGAAGAUCCAACCCAUCCCCAUUACGGUGCAGCGAUUAAGGCUACAAAAUAUGUGUACAAUAUCGAACCAGACCUGACACGGGAGGGAGGUUCAAUUCCCGUCACUCUAACAUUCCAGCAGGUUACAGGAAAAAACACGAUACUUCUGCCGGUAGGAGCCGGGGAUGACGGGGCCCACGCCCAGAACGAGAAGGUGGACCUUAGGAAUUAUAUUGGAGGGACGAAACUCCUCGGUGCCUACCUGUACGAAGUUGCUCAACUCUGAAAAGGCCUGUAACGAUUAUGCAACAAUAAGACGCACUUUAUUAUCAUGUAUAUUUGGAUUAAUUGUUAUCAAAUGAAAUCGUUUUAUUUUAU